AUGGAUACCUCUUUACGGUCCAACAGCUCGCGCCCACGCACGCUCAGCUCCUCGAAGCCGCGAAUGAAGCACACUGCAUCUUUCACUGGUGCAAAUGUACCCGACCGAUCAGGCGCAACAGAUUGGUCCAGACCGCCUUCACCCUUGUUACUGAACACCCCGACGCCGAGCAUGGUGCGGAGAAGCAGUCAUCAGCCUCGAGAGUCGCGUUCGCAGCGCGCAGCUACUUCGACACCGAGUUCCAGCAUUCCUUCCAGUCCUGCUCUCCUCGCCACGCAGACACGCAAGCAGGCGGCGCCAGGGUUGAGCUCAAUGUCGAGCACAGGUGGCAGUCGCUCGAAAAAGUCGCUGCUACAUUUCCACAAGACUUGGCCCAGCUUGACCAUCCACAUCUCAUCUUCCACAGCAUGGACCAUCUCCUACGCUUCCCUUUUGCACUACACAAGCGUGCUCCUCUCCAUCUACAGCCUGUCUCAGCAUCCCACAUACCUUACCGCUCUAGGUGUGCUUCUCAGCACCGGCACGCUCGAAGUCAGAGCGAGAGCGGAAAAGUUGGGAUUGAGAAAGAUCUGCUUGGGUCUUUGCGCAGUGUUGACUGCUACUCUGUUCAUCUUGGCUUGGCAGCCAUCUUUACCCGCUCGUAAAGACCCAGAUUUGGAGCUGGCCGUCAAGAAGCUUGUGAAAAGUCCAUCGAAUGCGGAUGCAAACGCGCAUGCUCAAGGGAUGGAUGUUUGUCUCCGACAUCCCUCCGGUCUACUUCUGCGCUUAUCAAGCGCCCCGGACGUGCAUCCCGACACAUUUGCGGCGCGCUCGUGCUCCUCGACGUCACAUCACGCGGGCUGGGCGGCAAAAACACUGUUGCAAUCCUCUCAGGAGCUCGUUGGCGUACACACCCCUCGCACAUUCGAAGGAGAGGACGCCAAUGCGACCAAAGACCAAGAGCGGCAGUCGUCAGAAAAUGCAGAGGGUGGUCCGAGGUGGAAGAGGUUGUCGGUACGCAUUUGCGACCUUGCUCGCGAUGCUGCAUCGACAGAGAAUGCCGUCGAUUCGUCUGGCAUGCCGCCGCGACUCGUAUUGCAGAUCGAAUACAGCCCGGAGGAAGGUUCUAUCGGAGCUUCGCAGCCUUUGCUUCAGCUGCAUUGCGAUACUUUGUUGCGGUUGCGAGAAAGGGGUCUUCUGGACUAA